AUGGCCAAGAAGGCGCGUCAAAGGAUCAGCUAUGUUCUCGAGAAUGCCAAAUCCUCGGCAGGCGGCCAUCGCCUCGGCGUCAAUGGCCUGGCCGUCGAUACCGACAACGCCAUCCUAUACUCUGGCGGCCGAGAUGGCAUGAUAUGCGCCUGGGACCUGAACCUCGACCUACGCGGCCGAAACGACGUCACCGACGAUGCAUCCGCGAAGCCGCCCAAGUCGGCCACGACGUUCCGAGCCCAGACACAGGCGCAUAUGCACUGGAUUAACGACAUCACCCUGGCGCAGCACAACACUGCCUUGGUAUCGGCGUCCUCGGACCUCACCGUCAAGGUGUGGCGGCCACACUCCCAGGAAGACGGCGCGCGCGCUCAGAAGAUUGGAGAGCACGAUGACUAUAUCAAAUGCGUCGCAACUCCUCCAAGCGACAUGGGUGCCAGCUGGGUUGCCUCGGCAGGCCUCGAUCGCAAGAUUUGUCUCUGGGAUCUCAAUGGUGGGGGCAAAACGCUCGAGGUCAAUGUCAACGGCGAGGAGGUCACCGAGAAGGGGUCCGUCUACGCUCUUGCCGUCGGCCGCAACCUCAUGGCCAGUGGCGGGCCCGAGAAGACGGUCAAGCUCUACGAUCCUCGCACCGGCUCCAAAGUCUCCAACCUCGUCGGCCACGUGGACAACAUUCGCGCCAUCCUGAUCGACGACGUCGGCGACACCAUUCUGAGCGCCAGUGCGGACAAGACAAUCAAGAUGUGGAGCGUCAAGGGCGGUCGCUGCAUGUACACGUUUACAAUGCACGACGAGAGCAUCUGGUCUCUGUACUCGGACGAUCCCCGCCUCGGCAUCUUCUACAGCAGCGACAGGUCGGGCCUCGUCGCCAAGACCGACGUACGGGGCAGUUUUGAGGACAUUGACGAUGGAGUCAGUCUCGCUGUUGCGCAGGAGCAUUUUGGCGUCUCCAAGGUAGUGGCUGCGGGCGGUUACAUCUGGACAGCCACGAACCGAUCGUCAAUCAACCGAUGGGAAGACGUGGACACAGGCGCAAACCUGCCACUCCCCGAGCUGUACCGCCGCCAGCGCGCAAUGUCGUCCACGUCUACUAGAACCCGGCAGUCUACAGCAACGGCCCAACCACAAACAAACGGGUCGUCCAAGAAGGAGAUUCCUCCCGAGUCGAUAUUGAGAAUAUCCAACACAGCGACCUUCCCGUCCCGCGGACCUCUAGACUCAGAAUCAAGUCCCAAUAAUGACGGCUUGUCAAGAAAGGGCUCCGAAGUCGCCGUCGAGCAGCCGGAGCCGGAAAUCAAACCCGUGCACAGCUUGCCAGUAGAGACGAUAGAAGGUCAAUUUGGCCUUUUGAAGCACAAGUUGCUCAACGAUAGGAGGAGGGUCUUGACUUUGGAUACAGCUGGCGACGUACUACUAUGGGAUCUGAUAAAGUGUAAACCUAUUCAGAGUUUUGGAAAGCAGCAUCUUGAAGAUGUCGAGAGGCAGGUCAACACACGAGAAGCAGUGGCGCCCUGGUGCUCGGUCGACUUGAGCUCCGGCAACCUCACCGUUGUGUUGGAGCCUUUCAACUGCUUCGAUGCCGAGGUAUACGCUGACGAGCUCGAAUUGGACGAGCCCAUUGAGUUUAGGGAUGAUCAAAGAGUGAGCCUCGGCAAAUGGAUCUUGCGGUACUUGUUUGCCAACUUGAUUGAUGAAGAAAUUCGGCGCGACGAGUCGUAUCGCCAGAAGCUCAACGAGGCCGUGAGGGAAAGACAAGCCGCCGGCCGAGCCGAAGCGCCAUCGUCAAUCACUCUGCCUGGUCCUGGCUUCUCUAUUGGCGGUGGGGAUCAGCUGUUGACGCCUCGCGCAAACAUGCCUCAUCUCCAUGUGACUACCCCUGGCCUGGCCAUAGGGCUGGCGUCGCCUGGUGCUGUGAUGACGCUUCAGGGCGUGCCGGAGGAAGCUGUUGCCAGCCCCCUGGAAAGGGAAGGAUCUCGUCCGUCGGCUGAGAACGACUACUUCACUUCUGCCGGCAGUGCGCCUGGUGCUGCCGCGGCAGAAACCUCAGAGCCAAAGACCUCUACGGACAACAGCAACGACAAGGGAAAGGACAAGGAGAAGGCUGCUGACAGCAGCAAGUCGCCGUUUAGCAGAAAGUUCCGAAUGUCUUUCAGCUCCAAGAGAAUCGGGCGAUCGGCAUCUCAGGCGACACAGGAGAAGCCCGUUGUCGUAGACGACAAGGCCGAGGAGUCCGAGUCAUCCUCAAACCACGAAAAGGAGGUUGAUGACAGCUUCUUUGGCGUUAUCCAGAAGAUUCGAAACGAAUACGACAAGCAACUCGCCGAGUCGCCGAAUAAGAUUGUCGAGACUCGAGUGACACCGAGCUUGCCGGCAGAUACGCCAGUCUUGAAGCUGCCACCUGGGACCAAGGUCAUUAUCCAGGAGGAAACGUCGGGUGGCAGUGCAAAUCUCUACCAAGGGACUGUGGAGCACCUCGGCCGAGAUGCCGACAUCAUCGAGCAAAAGGCGCCAAUGUGGCUCGGUGACGUGCUAUUGCAGAACAUCAUCCCCAUGAAGGAUCCCGUCAAGAUAUCAUUCAUCCUGCAACCCAUGGACAACCUGCCUCCCAUUGCCACGGAUGGGAACAGCCGACUGAAUGCCAACCGGAUGCUGCGGGUGAAGAAGAUUCUGGCUUACAUUUCCGAGAGGAUCGAGCCGGAGCAAGAGGAGGAUCCAGACGCGCUCAAGCCGGAAGAGUACCUUGAGCUAUACUGCAAUGACCAGCUGCUCCACCCAACGAUGAAUCUUGCCACACUCCGGACACAUGUUUGGAAAGGCGGAAACGACAUUAUGCUCUACUACAAAGCCAACGGCCGCAAGGAGAUCUUGCCGUUACCAUCUGCCACCAGCGCGCAGCCAGCGGAGCCGGGCGCGUCAGCAACGACAGUCCCAGUACAGUCCGCAGGGGAGCCAGUUGGGGUCGUCAACGGCGUCUAG